CUUGAACAGUCCGUCACAAAUCGAGCGACGGUGUGUCGAUCUGUCUUCUCCCGGGCUUCUGUUUAUUCCUUGGCCUCCGGACCUCGCUAAACCUUACGACAGGAUGUCUCUACGCUGCGGAGGAGCCGCUCGCACCCUGGCACCCCCGGUUUUGGGACGAUAUUUAUGCAGCCCUGGCCGAACAUUAAGUUCCCUGCCAGAUGAAAAGAAGAAAUUUCUACAGAAUGGACCAGACCUUCAAGAUUUUGUAUCCGGCGAUCUUGCAGACAAGAGUGCCUGGGAUGACUAUAAGGGAAACUUAAAACGCCAGAAAGGAGAAAGGUUAAGAUUGCCGCCAUGGCUUAAGACAGAGAUUCCCAUAGGAAAAAAUUACAACAAGCUGAAAAAUACAUUGCGGAACUUAAAUCUUCAUACUGUGUGUGAGGAGGCCCGCUGUCCCAAUAUUGGCGAGUGUUGGGGAGGCGGAGAAUACGCUACAGCCACAGCCACGAUCAUGCUGAUGGGUGACACGUGCACCAGAGGCUGCAGAUUCUGCUCAGUUAAAACCGCCAGAAAGCCACCUCCACUGGACGCCAACGAGCCCUACAAUACUGCAAAGGCAAUCGCAGCGUGGGGUCUGGAUUACGUCGUCCUGACGUCCGUGGACCGAGAUGACAUGCCUGACGGGGGCGCUGCGCACUUUGCGAAGACCGUGUCGUACUUGAAGGAAAGAAAUCCAAAAAUUCUUGUGGAGUGCCUUACCCCUGAUUUCCGGGGAGAUCUGAAAGCAGUAGAGCAGGUGUCUCUGUCCGGCUUAGAUGUGUACGCACACAAUGUGGAGACAGUCCCAGAACUACAGAGGAAAGUUCGCGACCCCCGGGCCAAUUUCGAGCAGUCCCUCCGGGUCCUGACACACGCCAAGGAGGUUCGGCCGGACGUCAUUUCUAAAACGUCCAUUAUGCUGGGCCUGGGGGAGACGGAUGAGCAAGUCCACGCAACGAUGAAAGCUCUUCGUAAGGCAGAUGUGGACUGUUUGACGUUUGGACAAUAUAUGCAGCCGACAAAGCGCCACCUGAAGGUUGAAGAAUACAUUACUCCGGAAAAAUUCAAAUACUGGGAAAAUGUAGGAAAUGACCUUGGCUUUCAUUAUACUGCAAGUGGCCCUCUGGUGCGUUCUUCAUAUAAAGCAGGUGAAUUUUUCCUGAAAAAUCUUGUGGCCAAAAGAAAACUAAAAGCCCUCUAAGGCUGAAACGGACCAAGCGGGCAAGGCCGUGGGCGCGGGACGGUGGGCUGCUGUCGGUCAGAGAAGAGCAGGAGGCCGGGCUGCCAUGGAUGAGCUGCCGCAGCUCGUUCAGCCCAGGAACUAAAUAAUAUUUAAUUACUGUGA